AUGUUCCGACCAACCCGACUACCCCGAAUCCAGCUUCUGAAGCCACUCUUCUCUAGGCGCUUUCUCAGCUACACAAUCGCCGAGGCCUACAGCGCGAAGCCCCGGCCACCUCACCAGCAGUCCAAACCUCCGGCUGGAGAAAACAGACCGCCUACCGGAGAAGAUGCAUUUUUCCAUGUUUCGCUGAGCAAGACGGACUCGCCCGAUUCAUACACAUACAGCAACACGGCGUUUGGCGUCACCGACGGCGUGGGCGGCUGGGCAGAAAUGGGAGUCAAUUCCUCCGAUUUCAGCUACUACCUAUGCCACGAGAGCUCCAAUCUGGCUGUGGAGAAGGCUAAGGAGAUCGAGAAGGAGCCUGCAUUCGCUGAAAAGCCCCUAGCCUCACUCAUUUCCCCCAAACAGCUGCUCACCAACGCCUACAACAAGAUUGUCCGGGAAAAGACCGUCAAGGCAGGAGGAAGCACAGCAUGCAUUGGGGUCGCUGGUCAGGACGGCCAGGUGGCUGUUGCCAACCUCGGAGACUCCGGAUUCAUGGUUUUCCGUAACGGCAAGCUUGCUGGAGGCUCGAAAGCGCAGACUCAUGCCUUCAACACCCCUUACCAGCUGGCUAUCAUCCCUGAUGAACUCAAGCGAAGUGAUGAACGACAGGGUCUGCGUCACAUUGAGGACACUCCCGCAAUGGCCGAUCAGUUCUCUUUCACUGCCGAGCCUGGGGAUGUCAUUGUGCUUGCUACUGACGGUCUCACCGACAACAUGAGCGCUCAGGACACCCUCAAGAUUGUCAACGAAACCAUGCUGGAGCACGGAUCGUGGAUCAAGGACGACAAGGAGGGCAUCAAGUCCAGCGGUGAACACAAGGGUGCCAUGGAUCUAGCGCGGCGAAUCGUGCUAAAGGCCAAGUCGCUAAGCACCAAUAAGCAGCAUCUUUCUCCGUUUGCCAAGGAGGUGCAGCAGGUGAUGAAAGUGCACUACAUGGGAGGCAAGCCCGACGAUAUCACAGUGCUUGUUGUUAUUGUCAAUGAAUAA